UUUGGUACUGUAGCCAAGCAGACCACCGAAUGGCUUGAGAGAGUGUUUCAUUAUUUAUUUGUAUGUUCCCAGCAGAAAGAGCUCACAUCAAAGAAAAGAGAUGAGUUUGAAGAUAUCUUGGAGGAAAGGCGAUUGUCCAGUGACUUGAGAUACGCAAUGAAAUGUUACACUCCUGUGAUCUACAAGGGGCUUUCACCUUGCAAGCCAAACGCUAUUAAAAGUGCUGUUCUCCAGUCAGAGCAAGUUCAAUAUGUUAUCAAGCAGUUAGCAAAAGAAAUGGGAGAAUCACCUGAUAUUAUUCAAGAAGAAGCCAUGGAAAUCCUGGAUGAGAUGGGCCACAACAUGCAAUUAGGAGCUGUCAGAUUUUUUGCCUUUACUCUGAGCAAAAUAUUUAAACAGCUUUUCCAGAGAGUUUGUGUGAAUGAAGAAGGAAUGCAGAGAUUGCAACAUGCCAUUCAGGAGCAUCCAGUUGUACUGCUGCCCAGUCACCGAAGCUACGUAGACUUUUUGAUGCUGUCUUAUUUGCUAUAUACGUAUGACUUGGCUUUGCCUGUCAUUGCUGCAGGAAUAGAUUUCCUAGGAAUGAAAAUAGUUGGUGAGCUGCUACGAAGGGCAGGUGCCUUUUUUAUGCGACGUUCCUUCGGUGGGAACAAGCUCUACUGGGCAGUGUUUGCUGAAUACGUUAAAAUGAUGUUAAGGAAUGGCUAUGCCCCAGUUGAAUUUUUCCUUGAAGGGACUAGAAGCCGUACCGCCAAGACUUUGACUCCAAAGUUUGGUCUUCUCAGCAUUGUGAUGGAACCAUUUUUUAAACGUGAAGUCUUUGACACGUACCUUGUUCCCAUCAGCAUCAGCUACGAGAGGAUAUUAGAGGAAUCCCUCUAUGCAUAUGAACUCCUAGGAGUCCCAAAGCCCAAAGAAUCUACAUCUGGGUUGUUAAAAGCCAGAAGAAUCCUCAGUGACAAUUUUGGUACCAUACAUAUCUAUGUUGGCCAGCCGGUAUCACUUAGAACCUUGGCAUCUGGGAGAAUCAGUCGGUGCCCAUACAAUUUGGUUCCCAGGCAUCUUCCCCAAAAGCCAUCUGAGGAUAUCCAAGAAUUUGUCAGUGACGUAGCUUAUAAAAUGGAGCUCCUGCAAAUAGAAAACAUGGUUUUGAGCCCGUGGGUGUUAGUUGCUGCUGUCCUGCUCCAGAAUUUGCCAGCCAUGGAUUUUGAGCUUCUAAUAGAAAAGACCCUGUGGCUUAAAGGCUUAACACAGACUUUUGGAGGAUUCAUUGAAUGGCCUGAUAACCUGUGUGCCAAAAAAGCAGUUAUGUCUGGCCUCACCCUGCAUUCCAACAUUGCUCGCCUUGUCGACGGCCAUGUGGUCCUAAAUGACAAAGGAGUGGAAGAUGGAGCCGUAGGGGAAAUCGUCUUCAAGCAUGCCAUGGCCAUCCUCAUGUGUGCCACCUACAGAAACCAGCUGCUGAAUGUGUUUGUGCGUCCAUCUCUGGUGGCAAUUGCCUUGCAGAUGACACGCAGCUUCAGAAAAGAGGAAGUCUAUAGCUGCUUCAGCUUCUUGAGAGAUGUUUUUUCUGAUGAGUUCAUCUUCUUUCCUGGCAUUUCAUUGAAGGAUUUUGAGGAAGGAUGUUUCCUACUUACAAAAUGUGAUGCCAUUCAAACAAAUCAACAGGAAAUCUACCCUACCAACAAAGGAAGCGUUAUAGUAUCUUUCUUGUCAACUAUGUUCAGACCAUUUGUGGAAGGUUAUCAGUUAAUUUUCAGAUACCUCGCAAAGGAAGCAAAAGAAGCCUUUACUGAGAAGCAGUUUAUACCUGGAGUCCGCAACUUUGUUUUUCAACUUCUUGAAAAGGGGAAUACACAGUGUUACGAAGCACUGUCUUCUGACAUGCAGAAAAAUGCCUUAGCAGCUCUUGUGCAACUAGGUGCAGCGAAGAAGAAGAAAAUGUCCAGUGGAUUCACUUACAGUGUAAAUCAAGAAGCUGUUAAUAAAAUCCUGGAUAUGUUUGAUGCCAGGAUACCUGUACAGAAGCCUGUGGCUGCACGACUCUGA